CGCGGCUCUGGGGGCGGAAAGGGAGAUGCGGGGCGGUGGGAAGGUGGCGGCCCGGGCCAAGUCCCCGUCUCCCCCUCCCGCUCCCACUACAAUCCCUACUACGUCCUGGGCCCCGGCCGACAGGAGCGUUCCAGAAAUUAUUGGCAGUCUCCAAGAAGAUUAUUAUAAUCUAUGUAUGGAAAAGUCCAGGAAAAUUAAUUCCUUUGUAUGGCAUCUACUCCAGGAAGUGGAUGAAGAAAUUGAAAAGGGAUUGGAAGGAAUCACAUUAAACAUUCCUGGUAACAGUCGCUUAAUGCCAGUAGAAAGAAUAACAGGUGAAGAUUUUUGGAUUCUUUCCAGAAUUUUAAAGAAGAAUCCAUAUAUUAAUGGUUUGGAUGUUAGAUAUAACCUCAUGAGCGAUGUUGGUGCAUACUAUGCUGCAAGACUGCUUCAGAAACAACAUAAACUCAUUUAUUUAAAUCUUAUGUUUAAUGAUAUUGGGCCCGAAGGUGGAGAAUUGAUUGCUAAAGCACUACAUAAGAAUACAACUCUGAAAUACCUAAGAAUGACUGGAAACAAGAUUGAAAAUAAAGCUGGAAUGUUUUUUGCUGCAAUGCUGCAAAUUAAUUCAUCCUUAGAAAAAUUAGAUCUGGGUGACUGUGAUCUGGGAAUGCAAAGUGUGAUAGCAUUUGCUACAGUCCUAACUCAAAACCAAACAAUUAAGGGAAUAAACCUAAACCGACCUAUACUGUAUGGUGAACAGGAAGAGUCCACAGUUCAUCUAGGCCACAUGUUGAAAGAAAAUCACUGCCUUGUUGCACUACACAUGUGUAAGCAUGAUAUGAAAAACUGUGGAAUAAAACAAUUAUGCGAUGCACUGUAUCUGAAUAGAAGCCUACGCUACCUUGAUGUGAGCUGCAAUAAAAUAACUCGUGAUGGAAUGGUGUGUUUGGCUGACGUACUGAAAAGCAAUACUACUCUGGAAGUAAUAGAUCUUUCUUUUAACAGAAUAGAAGAUGUAGGAGCAAAGUAUCUCAGUGAAACUCUUGCUUCACACAACAGGAGUCUUAAAGCGUUGUCAGUAGUCAACAACAACAUAAAGGGAGAAGGACUUGUUGCACUUUCACAGUCCAUGAAAACAAACCCCAUACUCUCUAAUGUCUACAUUUGGGGAAACAAAUUUGAUGAAGCUACAUGUGUGGCAUAUUCAGACUUAAUUCAAACAGGCCGUCUAAAACCAGACAAUACAGAUGUGGAGCCAUUUGUGGUGGAUGGACAUGUGUAUCUUGCAGAAGUCUCCAAUGGCCUUAAAAAGCAUUAUUACUGGAGGCCAACUUAUGGGGAAGCUUGCAGUCAGUCAUCUAAUGCAGGUUCUAUUCUUGUACCAGUAGGUCCAGAUCUAUGAAAAACAAGCUCUAAAAUAAUUUUCACAUAUUUGCCUUAUGUUAAUAUUUUAUGGCUUACUACAGUUUUCGUUCAUAAAUUAGAACAAGCUACUUCUUGAAAUGUGUAAAAGAUAUAUUAAACUUUGUCCAUUGUGGAAAAA